AUGCUUUUAUGCUUGGGAGUGUAUUGGGGGUGUGCGUCCUCGGUAACGCGAGUCCCGAUCAAAAUUCAGGUUGAAUCCACAAUUGAUGUUACCAAGUAUUCAGGCUUUGCUGUGCUACCGUUUAUUCAAGCGAAGGCUUCAGGGAGGCAGCGGAUAGCAUCUUCCGACGAAACAGGGGAGGAGAUUGCCUCCUUGAUGCGAAUUGGAUUGGGGCGGAAUCAAAACUUGGACAUUGUUAGCACACAGGAUACGCUGCGGCUAUUUACUGAUGAAACGGCUGAUGAGGAUCUGUUGGCGGAUGUGUCAGAGUUGGUACGUAUUGGCGAGUAUUUUGAAGUAGAUGCAGUCAUCGUUGGCAGCUAUGACUUCUUUGCGGUGAGCCAGCCGAGACGCCACUAUGGGGAACGUUAUUCCAGAACGCUUCAACGGUAUGUCACCGACUACCAAGAUUACCUUGAAAAGACCUACCUCCUUUCGUUGAGGGUUGUAAUUGCUAGUGUGGAUACAGAGGAAAUUAUACAGGAUGACACAAGUUAUGCCGCAUCAAGGUGUCCUAAAAAGUUUAGUACGACAAGCGAUUUCGGAGUUCACCCAACAAGUUUCACCGCACUACGAACAAGAAGAAAGGUUUUUGAUGAGAUGAUGAAAACCGAUCACGGAUUAAAAAUGCAACGCAAGAGCGCGAAGACGCGAAGGCACGAUGAAAACUCUGAAAACGGGAGAUUUCUGUCUCGUUCUCUCGUCGUCUCGUUUCCUCGUCCGCUCGUUUUCUCCCUUUCUCUCCUACUUGUUUUUUCGCUGUCCCUUUUCCUUUCGGUUGGCAGCGGUUGGGCGCAAGGUUUUGGUAAGAAUAAGGUCACGGACCAAGAUUUUGCUUGGCUGAUUCACCGGACAGAACAUUUUGAUAUCCACUACUAUCCGGGUGAAGAACAGUUAGUCUCCAACAUGGCGGACAUCGUUGAAGAGGCUUACGAAAAACAUAGCGAGGAUUUUGAGCACGAACUCAAGGAUCAGACGCCGCUCAUCUUAUAUCAAUCACACAAAGAUUUUCAAGAGACCAAUAUUACGUUGGCUGAACUGCACGAAGGCGUUGGCGGGUUUGCUGAACUCUUUAAGCGACGCAUGGUUAUCCCUUUUACCGGCUCAAUGUCUGCAUUUCGUGAGGUCAUCUUUCACGAACUGGUUCACAUCUUUCAGUAUGACAUCAUCUAUCAGAAACCCGCCGGGCGUUUUUAUAGCGGUGAGUUUCUGUAUAGCCCUCCAAUCUGGUUUAUGGAGGGGACAGCGGACUACUUCGGAAACGAUAAUGAUGCCGUUGGCGAGAUGGUAUUAAGAGAUGCAAGCAUCGCUAAUCAGGUGGUUCCGCUGACGCGGCUACAGGAUUUUCGCAUACUCGGAUCGCAGGUAUUUUUGGGAUAUAAGAUAGGGCAGUCUGCUAUCGCAUAUUUUGUUGAAACGUAUGGACGGGAUAAGGUUGGGCAGGUCAUGCAGGAACUGCGCCAUAUUCGUACCAAGGAUCUCAGCCAAGCUUUCCAAAACGUGAUUGGCGUUGAUCUUGAACAGUUCGAUAAAGAGUGGCGUUUGACGGUGCAGAAAAAGUAUUGGCCCAUGAUUGGGCACAAGGAUAUGCCUGACUCAAUUGCCAAGAACCUGACAGAGAAAUCGCGCUAUUCGCAUAACGUGAAACCGAUCUGGUCUCCCAGUGGUGACCUUAUUGCCUAUAUCACGGGUAACGAUGGAUUUGGUGAAAUUGUCCUUGCGUCUGCUAAGGACGGCAGCCGCUUAGAGCGCAUCAGCAAAGAUUUUUUCGGGAGCAAAUAUGAAGAGAUUCGGAGCGACGGCAGUGGGUUAGCCUGGUCCCCGGAUGGCGACCGUAUCGCUUUCAUCGCCAAGUACCGCGAAUCAGAGUAUCUGCUUGAGGUGAACAUUAUCAGCAAGCGAUUGGAACGCCGAAUCAAGCUCGACUUAGACGCUGCCGGCUCACCGAGCUAUGAUGGCAGUGGUGAGCGGAUUGCUUUUUCUGCGCUAAGUGGAGGACAGACCGAUCUAUUUAUUAUAAACCUAGCAACAGAGGAGUUGAUACGCCUGACAAACGAUUCCUUUGACGAUGGCAAUCCCUCAUGGCAUCCAACGAAGGAGGAGAUUGCCUAUGCCUCGGAACGCGGGGGCAAGUACAAGCUGAUUAUCAUUGAUGUCAACAGUCGGACAUCACGACAGUUGCCGCAUGGUGAGCAUAAUGCGGUUGGUCCCCGCUGGGCACCCGGCGGUGAGGAGCUGCUUUUUUGUGCGGAUAUAGGUGGCGUUUAUGACCUGUGCACCGUGCGGUCAGACGGCACAGACCUGACGCGUUUGACCAAUAUUAUUACCGGCUGUUUUAAUCCAAGUUUUUCACCGGACCGUAAGCACAUCCUGUUUGGUGCUUACCAGUCGGGGAAGCAGGAUGUGUAUGUCAUGGAGGUUGAGAAGGCACGUAAUGAAAAGAUUGAGAUAUCGCCUUCUGAGUUGGAGCCGGUUGUGGUACAGCCUGCGGAAAGGAAGCAGCGCCGAAUUGGGCACCGGAAGUACGGCACGAAAAUUGGCUUAGAUGCUAUCUUCACCAACUUUAGUCUCGGUGCUGACGGUUUGCUGCGCAAUUCGACAGAGCUUGUCGCAAGUGAUAUGAUGGGGAACCAUCGCUUAGGGUUGAGUGUUCAGAAUCAGUCAGGCUUUCUUGCUCCGGACUUCAUUGCCCAGUACGGUUCCCUUGCGCGUCGUGCGGAUUUUGGUGUGUCUCUCUUUAACUUUCAUGAGUAUCACCUGUUGGGGACAACCCGGAAUCGUCGUCGCGUCUCACAACGUUUAACGGGAGUUGCUAGCUCUGUCAUGUAUCCGUUCAAUCGGUAUCGUCGCAUGGAGCUACAGUUGUUGACGUAUUCUACCCCUUACGCUUUCAGAUUCGAGACAGAGCGCGAAGAUAAUCGUGGGCUUCUAAUGCUCGGAACGCUCUCUCUCGUUAGCGACACGACGCGCUGGCAGAUAUUCGGUCCUCAAAGCGGUACCCGUUAUAACCUCACCCUUGAGAAAUCGUAUCGCGCGACAGGCAGCGACCUUGAGUUAACCAAUCUCGUUUUUGAUCUCCGCCGCUACUUUAAGCUUGGCAGACGUUCUACCUUUGCGACCCGUUUGCUGCUCGGUGGAAGUUUCGCAAGAGACAAGUCGCUGUUCUAUCUCGGUGGCAUUGACACGCUACGUGGCUAUAAUUAUGAAGAACUGAUUGGGACGCGGAUGGGGUUGCUGAAUUUUGAGAUUCGGAUCCCAUUUAUUGACGAACUUCGUUUCGGUUGGCCCUUUUCAUGGGCGAUCGGCGGCAUUCGCGGGAUUAUCUUCGCUGACUUCGGAACGACCUGGUCGGAGGAGGAGUUCAACUCUAAAAACCCCUACCGCCUGCUUCGGCGUGACGGCAAUCGGCUUCGCCUUGAUGAUGCCAGAGGUUCAAUUGGCCUUGGACUUCGAUUGCAGCUUGGCUUUUUCUCCCUCGACUUUGACGUGGCACGCCGCACCGAUCUGGCUAGUAUCGAUCCGGAAACGACGUUCCAUUUCGGUUUGGGGCAGGCAUUUUAG